AUGGGGGAAAUACUGGUAAUUGGAAUAAUAGUAAUAGGAGCCAUAAUAGGUAACAAUGGUAAUAAUGGGAAUAAUGGCAACAAUGGUAAUGGAAACAAUGAAAAAGGAAAUAACAAUAAUAAAAAUGGUGGUGGAGGCUACAAUGGAAAUAAUGGUAACAAUAGAGGAAAUGGAAACUAUGAAAAUAACAACUAUGGUUGUAGACCACCUGUGACCAUUAAAAGGUAUAAACAGUUGGAUUUUAGUGGGAUAGUUGGAUAUCCGGAUCAGAUUUCAAGUGAUUUAAGCAAGACUCAUUAUGAGAUUUUAUCUCAUAGUCCUACCACCUUGCAGCAAGCAUUUAAGACAACCACUACCAUUUAA